GGGGGCUGAGAAGUAGGGGUGCAGCCAGUAGCAAAGGGGCUGUGAACUUUGAAAGGAGCCUGGAGCCUUUUCACUUGGAACCUCUGCCUUUGGUCGGUGACGGGGGUGCCCCCACCCCCAGGACCCGGACCGGCUCUUGCACCCUUCUGCCUGGCCGAGGGGCGGGGGUGGCCCGGUUAGCCCCUACAGCUGAGCAGACCCCAGCCUGGCUUCCUCGUGCCUUGCUGGAGCGGAUCCUGGCCAUUCGGGGCUCCUGCUCCCGCCGUGCAAGCCGAAGCUGGCGGGAAGGAAGCUGCGGGGCCCGUCAGCAGCAGGAGCUGGGUGUCCUGGGUGGGUGGCAGUGAGGGCACGCGUUGGCAUGGGCUGCAGCCAGGGCCCCCCGAGAAACAGGCUGGCCCGUGGCUCCCAGGUGCUGGGCAGGCAGAUCCCUGCCCAGGGCAUCCCGCCUUCGCCCACUGCCGGGGCCGCACUCCCCCUCCUCAUGCCUCGCUCGCAGGGUGGGCUCAGGCCCUCUGGCCCCCGUGGCUGGCACCUCCGCGGCUGCUUCGGACACCUGGCCUGUGAAACACCCCCUUGCUGCUCAGCCGGCCUCCCUCCGCCACCCCCUGCUCGGAGAUUUCCGCGUGCUUCCUGGCAUCCCGAGGCCUCCAGGCUCCCUGGCCAAAUAGGUGACUUGUCAGCCCCGUGGUGCAAGUGGGGAAACUGAGGCACGGGCAGCACGACCCCACAGCAAGUCUGGGGCUGGAGCCCCGGGCCGCAGAGCUCUCCCUGCGGUGCUGGGGGUCACCUCAGCCGGUGUGACGAGCUGCCAGAGCUCAGCGGGGACCUCCUCUGGGAGGAGCAAGGGGCAUCCAUCAUCGUCGGUCGCGGGGGCCACGGCUGUGGCUGAACGCAGCCAGGUCUCGGUCUAGCGGCCUUUUUGGCGAGGGGCAGCUUGCUGCGCCUACAUGCUUCUGCGCGUGCAGAUGUACACGGGCACACAUGCGUGCACAGGUGCACACGCACCUCUCCCCCCGCCCGCCCCAAUUUUCCCAGGCUUCACCGGUGCGAGUUAACCUGCUGCGCUCUCAGCCAUCCAUCCAUCCAUCCAUCCACCGGCCCCCACUGGCCUCACCUGCUCCACCCAUAGUGCUUUGCGGUCCCCCCUCGCGCACACACACACAUGCGCGUGCAAGGUGUCACCUCUGCACCCCGGCUGAGGUUCCAAGCCCCACUUUCAAAGGCUCACCCGUGCCCGUGGCCAGGGUGGUGGGGGGAGACGGGGACAGUGCCUGAAGCGGGGGUGUUGGAGGAACGCAGCAAUCCUAAAUUCAAAGUCUCAUGCUUGCCGUGUUCGGGUCUGGCUGUCUCUCUGCUUGGGGUCGGAUGGCCCUGUUCUCCUCUCCUCUCCCCCCGCCCCCUGCAUGCCUCCGACGCCCGCUGCACAGCUCCGAGUCUCCCGGGACCUGUAAAGCUGCUCCGCGUCGGUCCUCCCACAUCGGGCACCCGUCCCCCACCCCAUCCUUCACUCGUUUUGCUGCGGGGUUUCCGGCCUGGGCACAAGGUCCCCCCGUGCAGGCCCUCGGUGCUGAGUCUGCCGCUCCCCAAGUUGGGUACAUGGGUGGGGGGCAGAGGAGCAAGACAGAGCCUCGCAGGGACCCCCCUGGCAGCCUCCGAGCCUGUGACCCGUGGUUCCUCUCCAUAGCCAGGGGACGGGGGGACUAGGAGGAAGCCCAGCCCCGAGAGGCCAGUGCACGACAGCAACCCCAUUGCCUUAGCAAGGAGGGUGGACCUGGUGCCCUGGGUAGUGCCAGUUUGCACAGGAACGAAUGCCACCCCCUCUCCGUGCUCCCCCCCGUGUCGUGCCCAGGAACGGGGUCUCGUGGCUCCCUGCGGAUGAUGAGGGAUUCGAGGCUGGAAGAAACUGGUGGGCCAGAGCCUCGCGCCAGCCCACAGCAGAGUUCGGAGGUGGGGGCUCUGGUGUGGGGGUGCGGACCCCGCCGGCCGUGGCUCCGUGGGGUUCUCCUCUCCGGCUGGCUCGGAGGCCUGGGAGGGUGAAGGCCACGUCCCAGCUUGGUGCUGGCAGGACCGGCAGGCCUCCUAGCUGGGAGCUUUGGCCCGUUUUGAGAACAGGUGUUUUGGGAAGUGCUGGUGUUUGUGCAACCUUUGUGCCCCCCGUGGCCAGCUGCUCUCUAGGUUCGCAGAUACCCAGGUCGUCUCUGGCCCAGGCCCACACAUCUGGGGGCUUGGUCACGGACCCACUCUCCGCUGGGGCUGAGUCUCCCGCACCCUGCAGCUUCCCGGGCUUGGAGAUCCCCAGGGGGAAGGGAUGUUGUGUGUUGCAGAUGGCUCCCUCCGAGGCCCUGGGGACGUACAGAGCUUCCCUGGAGGCACGAGCAGAAGGUGCCGGGAGGGUCCCUCCAUAUCCAGUACCACGACAAGCAGGAGGUGACCAGCAAUUUCCUGGGAGCCAUGUGGCUGAUCUCCAUCACGUUCCUCUCCAUCGGCUACGGCGACAUGGUCCCCCACACCUACUGUGGGAAGGGCGUCUGCCUGCUCACCGGCAUCAUGGGCGCCGGGUGCACGGCGCUGGUGGUCGCUGUGGUCGCCCGGAAGCUGGAACUCACCAAAGCUGAAAAACACGUGCACAACUUCAUGAUGGACACGCAGUUAACGAAGCGGGUGAAAAACGCUGCUGCUAACGUACUCAGGGAAACGUGGCUCAUCUACAAACACACCAAGCUGGUGAAGAAGAUCGACCAUGCCAAAGUUCGGAAACACCAGCGUAAGUUCCUCCAAGCCAUCCAUCAAUUAAGGAGUGUGAAAAUGGAGCAGCGGAAGCUGAACGACCAGGCGAACACGCUGGUGGACUUGGCCAAGACCCAGAACGUCAUGUACGACCUGGUGUCCGAGCUCCAGGAGCGCAACGAGGACCUGGAGAAGCGCAUCAGCACCCUGGAGGGCAAGAUCGAUGCCCUGGGCCUCAGUAUUCACGCCCUGCCGGGCCUCAUCACCCAAGCCAUAACCCAGCAGCAGCAGCAGCAGCGACGGGGCCAGGGCCCAGGCACGGGCACCGCUGCCCGCUUCUGCCCCGGCUCCAACAGCUCGGAGCGCUCCUCAUGGACCCCCACGCGCCGGAGGAAGUCGCCGUCCACCGCGCCCCACACCUCCUCGGACAGCGGGUGACGGGCGGGCGGGCGGGCGGGCGCAGCGCCCACCUAUGUCUGGCCAUUGUGUGGCUGAUCCUGGUAGCUUUGUUCUGUAAAGCCCUGUAUAGUCAAACUCCUCGAGUCGGCCAUGCUGGAGCGACGCCGCGGCCACCGCCUGGUGCUGCCCCGCAGCUGGGACCCCCCUGGCUCCAGCCCCGGCCCCCCCUUCUCUUGGGGUGAAGAGCUGGGUUGGGGGGAAGGAGCCGACUGCAGCCAGAGCUGCCGCGGCUCUGGAAGGCGUUGGUGGGACAAGCGGCAGCGGGGUUCAGCGGUUAGGGCAGCGUCUGGACUCCGGGGCGGGGGUUUAGUGGUGAGAGCCAGGGGGGCUGGGAGCCCGGACUCCCGGGUUCUGUGCCCAGAUACAGGAAGGGGACGGUUCCCCGGUGGUGAGAGCCAGGCAGGGCCUGGGAGUCCCGACGUAGGGGCCGUAUCCCUGGCUCUGCUGCUAAGUGACCUUGGCUACGUCACUUCACCUCUCUGUGCCUCAGUUUUCCCCAUCUGUACAAUGGGGGCAACGAUGCUGACCGCCAUCUAAUGCUGUGAGAUUCUCGGAUGCAAUAUUACACCCCUGCGGACUGCAGGCGGGGUGGGCUGAUGGGGUCCGGCCCAGGUAGCAGCUCCUGGCCGCCUGGCAUUUGGGAACCAGGCUGACUCGUGGUCCAGCUGGGCCCUACUGUGGGGGUGAGGGGGUCCCCUGCAUUCCUGGGGGAGCAGAGGCCAGGGGAUGAGAGCUGGGGUGCAGAGAGGAGCGUCACCCAGACUCACGUGGGGGUCUGGGAGCGGGGUGAGGGCUGCGCUCCCGGCCUUGCGUUCCCCCUUGUCCCAGGCUGAAGGAAGCAAAUUGCUCCCCUUGCACCGUCUGCCCUGCAGCGGGUCCCCUGCACCACGGCCGUGACCCUACAGCCCCUGAAGGCAGACGGGUGCAGUCAGGGACCUGGAGGAGCUGGGCCUGCAGGGCUGAGCAGGGGGCUCGCGGCCACCUCCCCCCCAGGAGACAGGUGGACCCAUCGUGCCCCUGCAGAAGGCUGGGGUGAGGCACAGACCCCAGCCCCGAGGCCCUCAGCUGGCCCCUGAGCAGCCCUGAGCACCACGUCUUGCAGUGCAUGGAG